AGAAAUAAAGUUGAGAAAAAGAGAGACAUAAAAUAAAGUCACGAGACAAAAAAUCAAUGGGUGUCCUUUCUCAUCCUAUCUUGACAAGUACAAUGCAAUAAACAAGUGAAAUACAAAUACUCUUGCUUGCUUCAUUCUUCACAACCGACAACACCACAAAACAGUGAUUUAGUGGCAUGAAACAAAACAUACAAUGUCUUUGAAAAUGGGAAGCAAAAACCCUUUCAAUGAUAAUCCUCCACCCAUCUUUAAGAGAAUUUUUCAAUUGAAUCUAUAUUCCUUGAUUCCUAUAUCCCUUCUUUGUUUAUACUUCAACAUUUUCUCCUCUACUCCUUUUUCACCAACUCAACUUCUUCAUUCUAGCAACAUUUUCACUUACCACUCCUCUAUUUGUUCUUCUCCUCCUUCAAAUUCUUCUAUAGUGAAACACAAUGAUUAUGAUUAUGAAAAAUCAUGUGACUACUCAAAGGGAGAUUGGGUAAGUGACAUGAGAGGCCCUAUAUACAAUGUCACAACAUGUGGCACAAUCAAAGAGAGUGAGAAAUGCAUCACAAAUGGGAGGCCUGAUUUAGGCUAUCUUUAUUGGAGAUGGAAGCCAAAUGAAUGCAAUCUACCAAGGUUUGAACCAAACACUUUCCUCAAACUCAUUAAAAACAAACACAUAGCUUUUGUUGGGGACUCUUUAGCUAGGAACCAAUUAGAGUCACUUCUUUGCUUGUUAGCAACUACUUCAACACCUAACCUUGUUUACCAAAAUGGUAAGGACAAUAAAUUUCGUAGGUGGCACUUCCCUUCUCAUAAUGCUAAUUUUUCUUUGUAUUGGUCUCCAUUUCUAGUACAUGGUAUUGAAAAAUCAAAUGAAGGAAAUUAUUAUAAUACAAUGUUUUUGGAUCUUGUUGAUGAAAGGUGGGCAAGGGAUAUUAAUCAAUUGGACAUGAUUGUUAUAUCGAUUGGUCAUUGGUUUUUGCUUCCUUCAAUUUAUUAUGAGAAUGAUUUAGUUCUUGGUAGCUUAAAUUGUCCUAAGCUUAAUCAUACUCAAAUUGAUUUUUAUGGUCCAUUAAGAAAGGCUUUAAGGACAACCCUUAAUAGUAUAAUUGAGAAGAAAGUUGCUAAAGGAAAAAAAAUUGAUGUGAUUGUGAAAACAUUUUCACCAUCUCAUUUUGAAGGUGAUUGGGAUAAAGCUGGUACUUGUUCAAAGACUAAGCCUUAUAGAAAAGAGGAAAAGGUAGUUGGAGGAAUGGAAGGUGAGAUUAGAAAGAUUGAGAUAGAAGAAGUUGAAAGUGCUAAGGUAAAAGUAAAAAAAAUUGGAGCGGUUAGAUUUGAGGUGUUGGAUGUAACUAAAUUGGCAUUAUUGAGACCAGAUGGUCAUCCUGGUCCUUAUAUGAAUCCUUUUCCAUUUGCAAAUGGUGUUCCAAAAAAUGUACAAAAUGAUUGUGUUCAUUGGUGUUUGCCUGGACCUAUUGAUACUUGGAAUGAGAUUUUUUUAGAGAUGAUCAAGAAGUGGAAGUAAGAUUCUUAUAGAGAAGGGUGAGGCAUUUCUCAUUUAUACUUAUAACUAAUUAAUUUUAUUUCAAUAAUUCCACCAUCCAUGUGAUGGAUAUUGCAUUAUAAAUAAGAGUUUUUUUUUAUUGAUUAGGUGAUUUUAAUGGAAGAAUGAUCGAAUGUUUAUCCCGAUAAUAAUACAUUAUAGAAUUAGUUACUCA